CGUGUUCUUCUCUUCUUCUUCGACAAGUAGCUCCGGUGGUAGGGCCGGCGACCACAACAUCAUCAACAUCUUCGUCCCCAAGCCCAUCUUUCAGCUGGGGAAGAAGUGAAUCUUCAUUCCCAGCUGAAAGUCCAGCCUUUAUUAUCUGGUUUCUUAUGAGCCCUAAUUGGGAGCUGGUUAGCUACAAUGAUGAUUCGUUCACGGGGAGCAGAAGAAGAAGGAUCAGAGGAAACACUAUCAGCUGGGUCAUCGUCGAGGUCUGAAAUUAUGCCAGCGACCGUCAUUAUACGUGGAAUUCGCUGGCUCAUUCGGCCGAACGACGGAGGCUCGCUGGAGGCCAGCUCCAAGAGAUUCGAGGAUGGAGAACUCCCGUACCUGCAAGAGCUGCAAUAAGAAGACUGUCAUACGUGAUGAGUUCACCGACACCUUGGUCUGUAAGAAUUGUGGUAUUGUGCAAGAACUUGACAAUUUCCAAGCAAGUUUUGGAGGUAUCAAUGGCCCCCAGGGCACCUUUGUCCGUGUUGGUGCUUCUGCCAGUGGUGAAUACAGUUAUAAAGAGAAGAAGCUCUAUGAAGCUGAUAAGGAUAUUGAAGAUAUUGCUUUAAAACUAGGGUUCUCAGCUGCAACUUCUGCAGAGGUAAAACGAAUGAUCCAGCAAAUUACUGAUGAAGAGUUCGGUGGUGGAGAGUGGUUCCUUGUUCUCGUGGGUGCUUGUUCAUAUGUUGUGAUGAGAAAGAACAGCAGACCCCUUUCUAUUGCAGAAGUUGCCUCUAUAAUUGGUUGUGAUGUUUAUGAGCUUGGCCGGAUGAUCUUUCGUGUCGUCGAUUUUCUUGAUUUGAAGUUGCCUGAAUUUGAUAUUGUGACCUCUUUCGAACAUGCAAUUAGGAUCUGCCCUACUUUUUCCAGAUUUUCAAAGGAUGUGAUGGAUAAGAUGGUUAAACAGGGAAGGUUUCUUCUGCAGUGUGCAGUUAAAUGGUUCUUGACAACAGGAAGGAGGCCUCUUCCUAUAGUUGCUGCUAUCCUGAAAUUUGUAGCAGAGUUAAAUGAAGUUGAUGUUGAAAUUGAAAAUAUAGCAAAGGAGGUGCAUUCGACAGUCGCCACAUCCAAAAAGAGGCAUAAAGAGCUCAAAGAGACACUAGUAAAGGUGGCUCAAAAAUUACCAUGGGGAAAAGAUGUGACAGUUAAGAAUAUAGUAAAAAAUGCACCUUUAGUGAUUCAAUAUAUGGAGAUGAAGUCAAGAUUGAAGCCAGACAUUAAGAGGAAGAGUAUAGAACCUGACAGGUUCAAUUUAGAAGAUGUAACUAAUGAUUCUCAGUACUUUGAGCUAGAAGACAGAAACAGAGUUCCAUAUCUGAGUUAUGAUGAUGUGGAGAAUCUCAAGCUGUCACAAGAAUGCUUGGCAGGCAUUUAUUCAAAGUUCUCAAAAGAAUCUUCUUACUUUAAGAAUGUAGGUGAAAAUGGUGAGGAUCACCAAAAAAAUAGGAAGAGAUAUGAAGAUCGAGAAAGCAAGGAAUGGUGGAGUGGAAAAUCAGAUUUGAGCAAAAAGCUCUCACUUCAACAGAUUUUGGAGAAGAAUGUGGGGUUUAAUGCCUUGCCUCCAUCUUUCAUUACUGGUAGUUUGGCAUGCAAAAGGAGGAGAGAAAAGAUAGAUGCAGCUAAGCUGCGAAUUGAUGAGAUUAUGGGACCUCCCAGCACUGUUUCAGGUGAAAAGAAGGAUAGUUGCCUUCUAGAAGACUUGGAAGCUAGGAAGCAACAAUGUCAACAAUCAAAAGGAGGUAAUAUUGAUUGGGAGGAUUUCAUAAUUGAACUCCUACUUCUUCAUCAGGUGAGAGAGGAGGAAAUAGAGCAGGGCCAUUAUAAUACCUUGUUGGAGUUGCACGUAUUUAACUCUGGGAAUAUUUGUGAAAUGUUUCAGCAUGGAAAAGGAAAUGGGUAGAAUAAAAAGUUCUUGAAACUCAGACCAAAUUUAUUUUUCAAUUAUUUUACUUGUGAAUCUUGAUUCAAUUUUGCUACCUAAGUAUAUUGAGAUUCAAGGGUGAUAAUA